UUCAGUAACAUUGUUCCUCCUCAAUAAAGAUGUCCCCUUGCAUCGUAAUUUUGUUCUGUUACAGUAAACUGUCACACAACUUUUUGGAAGAAAUCCCUUCAAAUGCAUUGGAGGGAUUGAACGAACUAAAAUUACUAGACCUUGGAUGGAACCGUCUGUACUAUAUUCAUCCAAAAGCCUUGCGUGAUCUUCAUAACCUCGAAAUUCUUAAUCUACAGCACAAUAUUUUCAAUCGAUUGGAUCCAGAUCUCCUGGUUGAAAACAGCAACCUCAUAUACCUGUACUUGCAACACAACAACGUGGAAAUGAUACCGAAUGGAUUUUUCAGAAACCAAUCCAAACUUCGAGUACUAUACCUCAGUAACAACAUAUUAACUAAAAUAACUAAAGAAUCGUUCAUUGGCUUAUCUUCGCUGGAAGAAUUAUAUCUGGAUCACAACGACAUACACGAAGACCAAAUCAAUCAUGAAACAUUUGCACAUCUUCCGAAACUGCGUCAACUGAGACUUGACAGUUUUAUGGCGUGUUGCUAUGCAAAGAAGACUAUUAAAGGCCUUCAGUGCAAGUCUUUAGAUGAUAAUUACCUCUCAAGCUGCGAAGACUUGUUAAAGAUCUUGGCUCUUCGAGUCUUCAUCUGGAUCCUUGGGGUUCUAGCGUUGCUUGGCAAUAUAGGUGUGAUCUUCUACUGGAACCGCCUGGCGGACAUCGAUCCUGGAGACCGAGGGAAAAAAUCUCGCGUCCAGUCCUUUUUGCUUACCAACCUUGCCGUAUCUGAUUUACUAAUGGGUAUCUACUUGAUCAUAAUUGCUGUUCACGACAGUAUGUGGCAAGACAAGUAUUUCACGCACGACUAUGAAUGGCGCAUAUCGAUAACGUGUCAGCUUGCUGGGGCUUUAUCGAUGCUGUCUAGUGAAGCAUCCGUCCUUAUUUUAACUACCAUCACAGCUGAUAGAUUCAACAGUAUUGUAUUCCAUAUCAAAGCGCGUCCCUUCAAUAUGAAGAGCGCACGCAUCGUUUGUGCUGCUAUAUGGGUUUUGUCUCUACUCAUGAGUCUCGCGCCAUUUUCCUUUGACCUUUUUUAUGGCGAUGACAGAAGGAUCUUCUUCUAUGGUAGAUCAUCAGUCUGCUUACCCCUACAGCUUUCUAGCGCAAGACCAACGGGUUGGGAGUAUGCAGUGUUUGUCUAUAUCGCCUUCAAUGGAUUCGCGUUCCUCUUCAUCCUAUUAGCUUACAUUGCAAUCUUCUUUAAAGUCAAAACGUCAUCUAAACAAGUACGUUCAAAUAUGAAGAAGGACUCGUCUCUCGCUCUGCGUGUCGUCUUGAUAAUCGUCACCGAUUUCUGCUGCUGGAUUCCUGUUGUUAUCAUUGGUUGUCUAUCACUGACUGGCCAGUUUCGUGAUUCCAGUGGGCAGGCAUAUGCUUGGAUAGCUGUAUUUGUGCUGCCAAUCAAUUCUUCGAUCAAUCCUCUACUCUAUACGUUUUCGAACCCACAGUUUAGAAAACUAUUCAACGUGAGGAAGCUCUUUGACAUGUGCACCGGCCGAACCAAUGAACAAAGCCGCAAAGUAAUCUCGCCCAAAAGCAACGACAUAACAACAGGAAUAUCUGGUAUUGACCAUAUGAGAACAGCCUUGAGAAGCCCCGCGGUCACACCAGUCGUGGAAAGGAAGUACACAGCUGACAAUCAAUAUUAUGACACAAGGCUUUAAUUAUAACUGUACACUAAACUGAGGGUGGGGACCCCACCUCUAGGACAUCCCCCUUGGUAAUACGUUUUAAAAUAUGUAUCCAUUAGAAGUUAGGAUUUAAAUUAGUCACGAUUCAUAGAAAAUAAUUUUAUGUUCCUUGCUGGCAGACUCAUUUACUCAGGCUUACUUAUAGCCUCAACAGAAUGUCAGAGUAUUCACAAAUACCGACCAAUAUCACCACCACCACUUGUAUUUGUACCCUAAGGGGCUGGUCAUUUUUAAUUGCCUUGCU